GGGGAGGCGGUGCUCAGGUUCCCGGAAGUGGCACCUAGAGUCAAUGUGUGCCUCUGCUUCCGUGGUGAGCUUGGGGUCUAGCUUUUCUGGGCGGUAUGAGCUCUUUCCAGGGACAGAUGGCGGAAUAUCCCACCAUCUCCAUUGACUGCUUCGACAGGGAGAACCUGAAAGCCCGCGCCUACUUCCUUUCGCACUGCCACAAGGAUCACAUGAAAGGAUUAAGGGCUCCUUCCUUGAAAAGAAGACUAGAGUGCAGCUUGAAGGUUUUCCUGUACUGUUCUCCAGUUACGAAGGAGCUGUUGCUAACUAGCCCGAAAUACAGAUUUUGGGAAAAACGAAUUAUAGCAAUUGAAAUUGAAACUCCUACCCAGAUAUCUUUAGUUGAUGAGGCAUCGGGUGAGAAGGAAGAGGUUGUUGUGACUCUGUUACCAGCUGGUCACUGCCCAGGAUCAGUUAUGUUUUUAUUUCAGGGCCGUAAUGGAACUGUCUUAUACACAGGAGACUUCAGACUGGCAAAAGGAGAAGCUUCCAGAAUGGAGCUUUUGCACUCUGGGGGAAGAGUAAAAGACAUCCAAAGUGUGUAUUUAGACACCACUUUCUGUGACCCAAGGUUUUACCAAAUUCCAAGUCGUGAGGAGUGCUUGAGGGGGAUUUUGGAGCUGGUUCGAAGCUGGGUCACUAGGAGUCCGCACCAUGUUGUGUGGCUGAACUGUAAAGCAGCUUAUGGCUACGAGUAUUUAUUCACCAACCUGAGUGAGGAGCUGGGAAUGCAGGUUCACGUGGACAAGCUGGAUAUGUUUAGAAACAUGCCUGAUAUCCUCCACCAUCUCACAACGGACCGAAACACCCAGAUCCACGCCUGCCGCCACCCGAAGGCAGAAGAGUAUUUCCAGUGGAAUAAAUUGCCCUGCGGGAUCAGCUCCAGAACUAAAACUCCGCUCCACACCAUCAGCAUCAAGCCGUCCACCAUGUGGUUUGGAGAGAGAACGAGAAAAACCAGUGUGAUAGUGAGGACGGGAGAGAGCUCAUACAGAGCUUGUUUUUCUUUCCAUUCCUCCUACAGUGAGAUUAAAGAUUUUUUGAGCUACAUCUGUCCAGUGAAUGCAUAUCCGAACGUCAUUCCGAUGGGCCUCACUGUGGAUAAGGUCAUGGACGUUUUAAAGCCUCUAUGCCGAUCUUCCCAACGUGCUGAACUGAAGUACAGACCACUUGGCAAAUUGAAGAGAGCCAGACCAAUCCAUCUAGACUCAGAGGAGGAAGGUGACCUCUUUGAUGACCCUCUACCAACACCUUUAAGGCACAAAGUUCCGUACCAGGUAACUCUUCACCCUGAGGUAUUUUUCAUGAAGGCACUGUCACAAGACCAGCCCGACCUGAGACGGAGCGCGGGAUGCUGCAAAGCAGAGAGUAUGCGGAGCGUUGCUUUGGCCAAUUUUUUAGACUGUGAAGAAUCCAACAGUGACAGUGAAGAAGAGCUAGAAACCCCACCUUCACUGCAGGGAGGUCUGGGCCCUGAGACGCUCCCCCAACAAAAUGCUGAUGUGGACAUCCCACAGUGGGAAGUAUUCUUCAAAAGAAAAGAGGAAAUCACAGAGGAAUGUUUGGAAAACUUACCUUCCUCCAUAGAGACAGGGGGAUCUCAGUCACCAAAGCUCUUCAGUGACUCGCCAAAGCUUUACAGUGACUCUGAUGGAGAAUCCACCCACAUCUCUUCCCAGAAUUCAUCUCAAUCAACACAUAUAACAGAUCAAGGAAGUCAAGGCUGGGACAGCCAGUGUGACACUGUUUUGUUAUCUUCCCAAGAGAAAAGUGGUGGGGAUAGUACCUCUUUGAACAAAGGUGCCUGCAAACCAAAAGUCAAAGAGAAUAUUUCUUCCUCUCAAAUAGAACAGAAUGCAGUCUGUCCACAGGACACUUACUGUGACUUAAAAAGCAGAGAUGUAAAUGGAGAUUCUUGCAUUGGAGAACCAGACACUGUGAGUGGCAGGAAAUCCCCACUUGAGGAGAAAACACUGCUAACUAGUGCACAUGUGGAUUCACAGAGCUCCUCUGAUUUUGAAAUCCCCUCAACUCCAGAGGCCGAGCUUCCUAAACCAGAGCAUUUACAGUACUUAUAUGGAAAGCUGGCAACAGGUCAGAGUAUAGUUGUUGAAAACAGAAAAUGUUCACCAUUAAGCAUUAAGGAAAGCUCGAAUGAUGUAAAAGAGAAACAUGGUUAA